CCUGGUUGCCUGACGGAGUUGGGGAGGGGCACAACGGCGCAACGCUCGAAGGACCAACUUAAUCAGGUGGGGCGAGGGAGGUUUCAACGGACUGGUAUGUCCAGGAACGACUUCCACUCCCUCUAGAUACACCAGUCCACAAGUUCCAGAUCGGAGACGAAGUGCUGGUCCGGACGUGGAAAGACGAGCCGCUUCAACCCAGGUGGAAGGGACCGUAUCCUGUGAUUCUUACUACUCACGCUGCAGUGAAGGUUCAGGGGGUAAAACCGUGGAUACACUACACUCGGGUGAAGGCCGCACCAGAAGUACCACCUGCAGGAGAAGUUGCUGAGAGUGUCGCACCGGAAGCCGACACAAACGGACACCGUUGGACAGCAGAGCCAGUAGAAGGACUUAAAUUUCUGUUUAAACGUCAACCAUGUGGAAAGUAGUUCUUUGCAUAGGUGUAAUGUUUCUAGAGUCUAAGGGGUUGGUGCAUCAAAGGUUCGAUAAGAGUCAAAAUGUGUGGGUUCAUUUGGCAAAGGACGUAUUAAAUGUCACUCAUUUUUGUUUGGCAGGUGGAAUAUCGGUUGAUGAUAUUUUCACGUCAUGCCUUAUAGGGGUGCCCACUCCAAUGGAAUUACUCUGGAAUCAGACUUGGUUCACAUCUGGGGGAAUAGGAGGUCCAAUCAAUUACACUAACAACUCCAUGUGGGGAACCAUUACCACAGAAAGAAACGCUAGUACCUUUGAAAUAGAUUUGUUGAAAGUCACCUCCCCUGGUAACACCAGCUGUGCCAAUUUUGUGAACUGUACCCAAGCUUGCAAAAGCCUAACCAAAGAAACGAAAAUUUUCAAUUGCUCAGACAUGACUAAUGUAUCUUGCAACUACGUUCAUGUUAUAUUACUCUGGGGGUGGUUCCUCCUUUGUGGAAAGACUGCUUAUUCAUAUAUCCCAGCCAAUGCCACAGGAGGCCCUUGUGCUCUAGGCCAGUUGACUGUCUGGCUACCAGGUAUGCCUAAGACCUCUAGUAAGCAUCACCGGAGAGGUUCGAAGGUGCUAGAUAAAUCCUGUGAUAGUGACAUAAACCUCCUGAGUGAGGCCGAGGUAGUGUCCUUUGCAGUUUUCCUAAUAGGGGUGCCAGGCCUAGUAGUGAAUGCUGAGAGGCAGCUUGGUAAGGUGGCCUGUGCCCUGGCAAAGGGCCUAAAUACAACUUCACAGGCCCUAGCUGCCCUCAAUAUUGAAAUGAAAGAACUAAGAGGAGCUACUCUGCAAAAUAGAGCAGCCAUAGAUUACCUGUUGCUGAGGCAUAACCACGGAUGUGAAGAGUUCGAGGGAAUGUGUUGUUUUAAUUUGACAGAUAACUCCGAGUUGAUAGAGUCAAAAGUGCAGAAGUUAAAAAAGGUUCUGUCCCACAUUAAGCAAGGGGAAGGGUUCGACUUCUCAUGGCUUACUUCUUGGCAUCCUAAUUUUUCAUGGCUUAAGCAAAAUUUCCUAUUAAUUGUGGCAAGUAUAUGUAUUUUCUUGAUAAUCUGUUGUGGGAUACAGUGUGCGCCAAUGUGUUGUGAGGUACUCAAGAAAUCAAUUUCUUCCCCUGUUCACCGCGUGAUGUUUGUAAAAUCAUCAGUUACAAACCUGAUCCAAAAUAAUCGGGAGGAAGCGAAGAGAUUUCUGGAGAUGAGAAAGAUAGUCGAGGACUAUGGGCUUUUUCCAUAAAGGCCAUAGCUUCGAAGGGGGGAUUUAAUGAAGCACCCCUGGACUUUCACUUAAUUUUAACCAGGGAACAGCUUUGUAUGUUUUGAAAAAGUAUUUUAUCUAACCAAGGGCAUAGAGUAGGUUGUUUAGGCUGGGGGAGAUCGCUUGUUGCGUAGUUGCUGAUUGCUGGCCUCGCUAGAAGGAAAAGCUGUAUCAACAAAGUUCCGGAGCUGGAAGGGGGGUUACU